AUGCAGCCGUUCCAAUCUACCACCCGUCCCGAGGGGCCCCGGGAGUCAUCUCCCGAACGAGGCAAGUCACCUGACACACCUACAACACCAGUUCUCAACUUCUCCAUAGCACGUCUCAUGGAACCUGAUAGGAAGAAAUCAGUUUCUCCUGAAGCGCCACCACCACCGGGCUUUUUGUCAUAUGGAGCUCAACUUCUGGACUCUGCGUUUAAGCAGUACAUACCAGCUACAAGGAGGCAGUUGGUUUCACAUUACCCUUUGUUAUAUUACGGACCUGACUUGGUUUCACUGACAUAUGCUCACCAGUUACAUUUACCGAGACCUCCACCGCCAAUAUCACCUGUCCAGCGACCGCCAAGUCCAAGGCCACCUGCAGCAGACCACGCCGUCUCCUCCACUACAGGCCCAACGACUUCACCGGCAAAGAACAAAAGUUUUGCUUGCGGUGAUUGUGGCAAAGUGUUCAACGCUCAUUACAAUUUGACAAGACAUAUGCCUGUCCACACCGGUGCCAGGCCUUUUGUUUGUAAAAUUUGUGGUAAAGGCUUCAGGCAAGCGUCUACUCUAUGUAGGCAUAAGAUUAUUCACACGUCAGAAAAGCCUCAUAAAUGUCUGACGUGUGGCAAAGCCUUCAAUCGGUCGUCAACCCUCAAUACGCAUGCACGAAUACACGCUGGCUACAAACCUUUCGUCUGUGAGUUCUGUGGUAAAGGUUUCCACCAGAAAGGAAACUACAAGAACCACAGGCUAACCCACAGCGGCGAAAAGGCAUAUAAAUGUAACAUUUGCAAUAAAGCUUUCCACCAGGUAUACAACUUGACGUUUCACAUGCACACACACAAUGAAAGAAAGCCGUUCACAUGCAGCAUAUGUGCAAAGGGAUUCUGCAGGAAUUUCGACCUUAAGAAACACACCAGAAAGCUGCAUUUGGGGGCUGGCAGUUCAAACAAUGGUGAUUCUUCACUGGACACUCAGGAUGAAUCAACCCAAGAGGCGACGGCUAGUCCUGUGUCAAAUGAAGAAGCGAGUCACGCUGCCUUCAGGCCAUUUCUGACUUCGCCGUACCCGAGGAUUUUGGAUCCUUCGCGGAUGACGGCGCCGAAUACGUUUUUUUCUAAGCUAUUGUGA